AUGGACAACCAACAAUAUUUGCAACUUGCACAAAGAAGAGCUACUUCUACAGCUUCAUAUGUUUUUGCACCUAGUUGGUUAACGAAUAAAUCAGGUUCUUCCUCCCCCUCUACAAUCUUAAGUCCUGCUUAUUCCUCUUCUUCUGAAGGGAAAUCUACAAAAGAGGAGGCUAAUAAUAAUAAAGGGUCGAUGGUGGGAAGAUCUUUAAAAAAAGAUGGGCUUAGUAACCAUAACAGCCAUAAUAAUAAUGAUAGUAAGCAGCAGCAGGGUAAGGAUGGGCUAGGGAAAGAUGGUAGUAGUAGCUCUUCUUCAUUAGACAAUUUAACAAAAUCAUCAUUAUCAAAUAAUGGUAAUUUACCAUUAACAUCUACUAUUAGAUCAAAGACAAGAGAAUUCACAGGAUCAGCAGCACCUCGUACUUCAAAUCUUGAAGAAUCGACAGGAUCAUUUAAUGAGUCAAUUAGCAAAAAUCAUCAUCAAAACCACCGCACACACUCACGUUCACGUACAAUCUCCCAACCAACUAAUUCCCUAAUAUCGAGUUCAUCGUCGUCAUCAACAAAAUUUGAACGUGAAUUUCCAACGCUAGCAAAAAAGAAGCCUUCAUUAUCUAUUGAUUUAUCCUCAAAAAACGUGUAA